GGUGCGGGGCGCGGGUCCGUGUGUGUGUGCCGUGCCCAGGGGGAGGUUUCUUGCACACGCACACACACACACACCGCACACACGCGCGCACCCGCAGGACCGGCCCCGCUCCGGCCCCCCCCCCGCUCCCGGCUCACACCAUGUUCCAGCCGUCUGCGAAGCGCUGCUUCACCAUCGAGUCCCUGGUGGGCAAGGACACCCCCCUGGGCCCCGAGGACCCCCCGCGCCCCGCCGCCCUCGCCUACCCCGGCCCCGCCGCCGCCGCCGACGCCGCCGCCUUCGCCCCCGGCUUCCAGGGAGCCGCCGGCCGGGCCCUGUACGGCAGCGCCGAGCUCGUCUUCCCCGAGGCCGUGGGGCACCCGGCGCUGCCCGUCGGGCCCCCCCAGCUGGGGGGCUCGGCCCUGCCGCACCCGCACCCCUUCUUCGGGCCGCAGCACCGCGACCCGCUCAACUUUUACCCCUGGGUGCUGCGGAACCGCUUCUUCGGCCACCGCUUCCAAGGGAGCGAGGUGUCCCAGGAGAGCCUCCUGCUGCACGGCCCCUUCGCCCGCAAGCCCAAGCGCAUCCGCACGGCCUUUUCCCCAUCGCAGCUGCUGCGCCUGGAGAGGGCCUUCGAGAAGAACCACUACGUGGUGGGUGCCGAGCGCAAGCAGCUGGCCAGCAGCCUCAGCCUCUCCGAGACACAGUUGCUGCUCCUGUUGCUAGGUUAG